CAGUGACACGCUCCUCCGUGCAGCACACACACAGCUGUCUGUAGUUUCUGUGGGGUGUGUGCGUUAGCGUGGUGCCCGCGCGCUCCGGUGCACACGCGCCACGGACAGCCCCUCUCCUCUCCUCUCCUGUCCUGUCAGCCCGACAGUCUCAGGUCUGCUCGGCUGCCUCGCUGUCCGUAGUAACUCAGUGACGGAGCUACAGUCAGUCCAGCUACAGUCUCAGCUGUAAACACUCAGCCCAGAUCCGGGAGCUGCCCACCACCGCGAACGGAGGACACGGAAACAGGUAGAGGUCGCCUGUAGAGGAAGGGAAGCAGGUCUGGCUGCUGGAGCUUUGCUGGAGCAGAAGGGGAUAUUUCAGGUGUUAGCAACACUUUCGUCGGCCACUUUACCCCCCGGCAUCUCACCGCCGGACGGACGACCGCCGUGGACCAUAGUCGAAAGGGAAUUGAGUUGAAUAUUUGCUUUCUUCAACAAGAAGAUGGCAUCAAAUGACUCGCGACUCCAGCAGCAGCCCUCCCAGAAGGAUGCAGCCGACCAGAACUUUGACUACAUGUUCAAGCUGCUGAUCAUUGGCAACAGCAGCGUAGGAAAAACCUCCUUCCUGUUCCGCUAUGCGGACGACUCCUUCACCUCUGCCUUCGUCAGCACUGUGGGCAUUGAUUUUAAGGUCAAAACUGUCUUCCGCAAUGACAAGAGGAUCAAGCUGCAGAUCUGGGAUACAGCAGGGCAAGAGCGUUACCGUACCAUCACCACAGCCUACUACAGAGGAGCCAUGGGCUUCCUGCUCAUGUAUGACAUCACUAACCAGGACUCUUUCAAUGCAGUUCAGGACUGGGCGACGCAGAUCAAGACCUACUCAUGGGACAAUGCUCAGGUGAUCCUGGUUGGUAACAAGUGUGACCUGGAGGACGACAGACUCGUACCCACAGAGGACGGCCAACGACUGGCAGAGGAGCUCGGGUUUCAGUUCUUCGAGGCCAGCGCAAAGGACAACAUCAACGUGAAGCAGGUGUUUGAGCGUCUUGUGGACGUCAUCUGUGAGAAGAUGAACGAGAGCAUGGAGGGAGACAUCAACCUCAUGUCUAACCACGGGAACCAGGGCCUUAAAGACUCGCCUUCAGAGAGCCACGGGGGCUGUGCUUGCUAAACCACCGGCUUUCUGACCACUUUCCCCAACGCACACACAUGCACGUACACACUCGCACACACACACACACAGAUCAUACAUAGACCAUGUCCUUCACUGUGCCUCAACCAUGGACAGUCCAUCCCCUCUUCCUGUCUCUUCACUCCAGCACCGCCCUUCUUUGUUUUGGCCCCACAGCGCAUUCAAACCCAAGGACGGCUAGCUGAGAUAAUCUUCAUCAUCACCCCUCUCCUCCUCAGGCAUGUCCUUCUGUCUUAAAGAGGCCCACUCUGUCGCCGUGGCCUCGACCCAUUGGCUUUGUGGUAAAACCUGCCUUCAGUCCUGUCCGCCCACCACAUCAACUGCCUCGAGCGCUGCUGCCCAUUAGCAUUUUAAGUGUAUCUGAAACAUUUGUUCAGGAGCUUUCUUUUUCUGGGUCAAACAUUGGUAAACACUAUGGCUAGAAGCUAGUAAUGCCAAAUGUAGUGUGUCUGUAGAUGGCUGCACUUUUGGCAUUCAUAGGUUUCUUACAGUCUUACAAUUCAUACAGUAUUGAGGUUUGCCUUAGUUUACUAAGCGGCUUUUACAGUGGUGAAAGCAGUCAGGUAUAGACAUACAUAGGAUUUGAUUGUCACUCAUGAACAGUUAUUCAAAGCAUAUUAUAGAUCGAACAUGAAACAUGUUUCUGAAACGUUAGGGCUUGUUUUCAGACUUCAUAUACCUUUCAGAUUAUAGAAAUUGUCACAGCAGCUGCCAGAAUGACAGUUCAGAGUGUAGUGCUGGUGUAACUGUCCAGUCAUAUCUAGGACGCCUCAUGCUCUUGACUGAUUGAAGGAGAGAUGAAUGAAUCAGUUUUGUACAGCCUACAUGAAAUAAUGAAUGUCUCAAAGAAAGGCAUAUUGACAGAAAUGAACAAUUGUUGAUGUUUUGGGAAAUCCACUUAUUCUCUUUUGAGUAGAUGAGAAGGUUAUCAUGCGGAUGCCUGUAUACUAAUUAUCAAGCUACAGCCAGCAGCUGGUCAACGUAGCAGAGCAUGAAGAUGUUUUUGGAUGGAUAAACAAAUUUCACAUUACAUUAGAAUUCAGUGACCCUCGGACAGAGCUAGGCUCGCUGUGUCCUCCCUACACUAAGCCAAAAUCCUUUUAGACUGUUCUUGUCACUUGGCAGCCAUCUUGGCAACGCUGCCAAGGCAAUUAUUUUGAGAUAAUAAGACCACUCUCCAAUCUAAAUGAAUGAGUAGAGAGCCUUACCUUUCAAACACUGCAUGUAUAGAAUCACCAGUCAGAUCUGAUUAAAAAUGUGUUUGGUAAAUUUGCCUAAAAACACAGUUUAAAAUGUUUUCCUCCUGAAGGAUAUACUUGUGCUGUACAUGCACACAAUUUCAUGCCAACAACUUAUUUUACGGCUCAAUCCUGUCAUGGCGUGAUGCUUUCAGCUCAUCCCAUCAGGGCAUUUCAACAAAUGCAAGUUUAAUGUCUAAUGUUUUGAUAAUCACGUUAUUUUGGUAAUCCUGUAUGAGAAGUCUGCAGCCACACAAAAUCAGUGGAAACUGUUAAUCUCCACAUUGUGUUCACUACACUGCAACAACACAAUCAGCUGAUAUGUUUCCUGGUUGUGAUAAAACAACUGGCCUUUUUGGGGGAAAGGUCGGGAUAUGUGUCUUACAUGCGCCAUCUUGGACUUCAGUGACUUUCCUAUUUGAAAUGCUUUUGGUGCUAUGUUUCCUCUCAUGUAAUGUGUCUGGCUGAGCUAAGCUAUCCAGCUGCGGGCGAUAGUUUUCUGUUUAACGUACAGACAUGAGAGUAGUGUCUUCUCAAUUUUCAAUCUGAUUCCAUUAAAUGUUUAAUACAAUCAUAAUUUCUAUGGUCUAUAAACUUCUUUGAAUAUGGAUAAAUCAGUAAAUUAAAUACUGCUAAAUUAAAUUCAGUUGGGACAGUAAAACACACCUCAAUGUUUUUGUGUCUUUGCUCCAAACCAUUGGCAGAGGUUUAUAAUCCUUUAUCUUAUGCUGGGAAAAAUGCCACUGCCUACAAGCCGUUUCUUGCUUGAAAUAAGUAAAAUAAUCUGCCAAUGGAAAAAGUGAAACUGUCUAGAAACAACUGUCAUUUAUCUCACUGAAUUGAUACUUUCUAUGGGUCUAGAAACUAGACAAACAUUCUUGGUAAAAUCUUGGUUUUUGCAGUGUAACAGAUGAUUCCUCUGUAGAGAGAGGUUUACGUCUCAUCGUCAUCUCGUAUUAUGAAGUAGAAGCGUCGAUUGUGAUGACAAAGAAAAUGUCACGAUGAACCUCGUGUUGAGCGGUGCCUGAGCGGCUGUUGAAGACUUUUUUUUGAAGCGCAGACAGCCGGAGGGCUGUGCUGAAGGUAAAUGUUGAGCCUGUUCAGUCAGGAAGUCAUUUAACACUCUUGACACAUUUGUCACAUGACCUGCCUCGGGGCAUUUCCUCGCUCACCCCUUUAUUUCAGUCUUUGUUUAACACCUUCUCUCUCUCACUCUCUCUCUCUCACACACACACACACACACACACACACACACACACACACACACACACACACACACACACACACACACACACACACACACAUUGCUCCCUCAACUGCAGCAUGGCCCAACAGUUGGCAUGGCAAACCUACUGUGCUUGAGAACUGAGGAUUUGUGUGCUGAAUUACCUUUUUUCUUUGCUACUGACAUAAUGACUGCUUCUUGGAACAGCACAGUGUGUGUGUGUGUUCUCAGAAAGGGAAGAAAAUGCUGAUCUCUGAGAAGGAGAAGUCAAUUUCACCUGUGCUGGUGCCAUUAUCAAAAAGUAAUGAGCUGGCGCAGAGUGUCAGUUAAAAUAGCCUGUUCCACUUUAUAUCCCCUUUACUGUAACAUCUCAUCGUUCAAUUGAAGAGGAUAAAACGACUUUUUGUCUUCAUACCACAUUAUGUUUGCCAUUGGUUAAACUGUGCUUCAAUUUGUGUUUUGUUCUCCUUUCCUUUUUUACCAUUUUUUUUGACAUUUUAGUAUUGAACAGUCAACCUCCCCCUGCUGAAACAUGUGUCAACAACUAAAGGACACAUUCUUUUUUUCUAUCAUUUCCUGUUAGUUAGUGCCACUUGACCCUCACCGUCCACGUGCUGACCCCUGCCUGUCUGUUGGUAUCAACCUUAACCUCUGCACCAUGAUAAUAGCCUCACGUUGCCGCACCAGAGCCCAUCUUUUCUUCGCACAGCUCUGAGGUUGGGUCACAACUGGUGGUCAGUUCACUCCCUCCCAUUGUGCAAGCCUGUGGUCAGUUAUCUCUCCCGCCAGCGUGUCUUGCUUAAUAGUGAUAUAUGUUUACAGAUAUCAGAUAGCUGAUAUUAUCUUCUCAUCUGCACCACAGUGAGCUUUCAGUUUGUCAUUGGGAGGCUCUUGGCAAAGUCACUCAGUCAUAACACUAUAUUUGUAUUACAACAUUUGUGUAUAAUGCACUGUGCAGGUUUGCGCUGUAUUCAGAUGGGAUGCAGAGAGCAUAUAAUAUGAGACAGUUUCACUGGAGGAGCUUUACAAUGGCGGCUGCUGCUUGAAUACAUAUUGAAUGUUCGUAACUGUUCACUGGUAUUGAAUUUUUAACAACUGUAUCUUGUAUCUGCCAUAUGGAGAAAGUACUGACUGACGCUUUUGUACAAAUAAGUCUGUAGCAUCCAGAGCUGUAAGUCUGAGGUGCGCUCUUCUCUUUGUUACCUCUAUGAUCCUCUUGUUUUCAUGUCUUGCAUUACCGACCCUGCCCUAAAACAGGGACGAUAAGAUCCCUUUAACUAAGGCUCUGAAUGUGUUGGAUGGAAGCAUUGUGAAAACGUGCAUCUCAUAAACAAGAAUAAAUUGAAUAUGCUGAGAUGUGUAUAUGAAAAUAAAGAAUAUAUUCAUUACAAAAAAGG